CUAAUUUGUUCCGUUGGUCUACCCUAAAAAAAACCCUGGCGAACUCACCUAUGGCAUAUUAUUUGCCAUGGAGAUUAUAGAAUUGCAGACUCGGCCCGAACCAGUCUCGGAAGGAAUUGUGCCACAAGGUGAAAGCUCCGUUCGGAGUCGUCCAAAUCAGCCAAGGCGGACAAGAACCGGCUGCGUCAACUGUCGCCGACGACACAAAAAAUGUGAUGAAAGAAGACCGAAAUGUGACAGUUGUCACCAUCGCCGAGAAUUGUGUGCAUGGGGCACAGAUAUUAGAUUUAAAGCUGUCCAUCCAAAUAGCCUGGCUAUAGAGAACCCGUCUAUAAGACAUCCUAUACCAGAUAUUAUGCCAGAGAUAUCAAAAGCCAAACAAAAUAAUGCGCCUUCAAAAGACCAAGAUCAAGAUACGCCUCAAAGCAGCGAAUACAUGGCAAGCACAGAUAGAGCUCAUUCAUCCACCUCACAACACUCCUUCCAUAGAUCCCCAUAUAACAACAUUUCAUUUGCAAUAUGUGAAGAUGGCUAUAUGCCCAUGGACACAAUGUCUGAUUCGGAACUUACUCCGAAUCAUGAACAUGCAACUAUUCAUGGCUCAACACCUCAGUCACAGCCAAUGUAUAGUGAUAUACAACACAGUAACCUGUCAGAAGCAGACCCUAUAUUCCACACUGGAGAAGUGGCAGCCGAAUUACUUGCGUUGAGGUACACCCGACAUCCAGACUCUCAACAAGAUCAAGAACCAUUGCCCAUCAAUAUCAGACAACCGGAGAAUGACAACAUGCACCCACAAGCCCGACAGAGGAUUUUCAACGAGCCGAUUUUUGACAACCAGCUCUUUGAUUCAUCUCAAGGCAUUUUUCUUCCUGGUUCAGCGUACCGGGAAUUACAUACUACCCUUCGCAAUCACAUAAUACAUACAGCAAGAUCAAACGCUGCCACUAGGUCUGGAACUCCGGAAUCUCAGCCAAACCCAGGACCAUUCUCACAGGAAACGGUACGACCGCAGGGAGAUGGUCUACCCAACGAUAAUUGCUUGUCGUAUUCCGAAACUCAUAAGCCACCUGAACUUACGCCCAAUCGCGAGUAUAUAUUAUGGAAAAACUACAUUGAUGAAUUGGCCCCAUGGCUUGACAAGUUCGACAAUCAGCGCCAUUUUGAGUUCAAACUCCCGAUAAUGGCAAAAUCAUCACCACAGCUUAAAUAUUCAAUAUUGGCAUUGUCAGCUCGACAAUUGGAAAGAAAAAACCCCUUAUUGCCCUCAUCGGAGAGCCUUGCUUUAUAUCAGGAGGCAAUACACCUCCUGUUACCAGAGCUUCACACCAGAAAUACAGAAGUUAUGGCUUCUUGUGUAAUUCUAUGCGUUUUAGAGAUGAUGAGCUGUUCUCCAAAGGAAUGGAGGCGGCACUUAGAUGGUUGUGCAAAUUUGAUAGAAGCCAUUCGUAUCCAUGGCUUUGUGGGUGAGGUUGAGCAGGCUCUUUUCUGGUGCUUUGCUAGAAUGGAUGUCUGUGGGGGUCUAAUCUCACAAGAAGAAACUCUUAUUCCUCUUAACCGUUGGACUUCCGGUAGAGAUGCAUGGGAAGAUCACAACCUCUUCCGCAACCCAUCGAACACUUUUGAUGUUUGGGCAAAUUAUUCAGUCUUCAUUUGCGCCAGCGUUCUGCACUUGUUAAAUUCUAACAGGACCAGCCACUUUGAUAUAUCACGCCCGCAAAACCAACAAGAUGGCUAUGCUCUACGAUGGCAAAAGUUGUAUGAUAUCCUACAAAGUUGGUAUACUGACAGACCCGAAGAAAUGAAGCCUCUUCUAGCCAUUCCAGUAGUAGCAGAAGACUUCCAAAACCCAUUUCCGACAGUCUUGUAUGGGAACGGCUCAGCAAUCUCUGGAAAUCAAUUAUACCACACCUCAACACUAAUGAUGCUUCAAGUAAAACCGAAAGGUAUAAACCUUGGGAAACAGUCGCGUUCAAUCCUCUGGCACGCACGGCAGAUCUGUGCUAUUUCGGAGUCAAAUACACACCACGGCUCCUGGACGAACUCUGUGCAACCUCUGUGGAUAGCUGGAAAAGUAAUGAGCCAUCCAAGCGAGCAUUCUGCGAUUUUGAGAAUCCUGGAACGGAUUGAGAAGGAGACAGGCUGGGAUACAAAGUGGAGGGUUGACGAUCUCAAAGAAUACUGGGGAGACUUAGAUGACUGACUCGCAAUGGUGGAACCCUAUCAAUCUGUAUUAUUAUUAAUGAUACUUAUUAACAAAA